AUGGCAGACAAGAAUGUCGUUGCGAAAGACUUCCAGCCAUCCGUUACCAUGUCGUCGCCCACUCUAAGUACUCACUUUGACUUGGAGGCAGAGGCAGGCAUGUCCCCCUCUUCUCGGCCCCCCAGACAAUCCGAAGCGCGUUCUGAAGCCUCGGGGUCGAACCUUGGAUCCUCUCCAUAUAUAAAGCGCCGACCGACUCGAUCCAAUACGGUGAAGACGUUUGCGUCGAUCGAUGCCUCUACUACACGACCCAAUUGGCAACCAGGUCAAGAGCCUGGCCUUGACCCUUCGAAGCCGAAUGGUGGAAGAUCGCAAGUCCCAACCCUCCACGAAGAAUGUCAGAUAACCGUGGUGGAUUUCAGCGAACAGAACAUGGUCAUGCACGAAUUUGGGAACGAAGAACUUGUACAAUUCUUAGAGAAGAGACAAGAGAGCUGGAUACAAUGCCGAUGGAUCAACGUGAACGGGUUGAGUUGGGAUGUCAUUGGGGCAUUGGGAAAGCACAAGAGAUUACAUAGGCUGGCCAUGGAGGACAUGCUCAACACAAAUAAUAGAACUAAAGCCGACUGGUACGCCGAUCACACGUACAUGGUGCUCACUCUACAAAAACUCGUUCACCUCCACCAGGAUGAUGAUGAUGACGAUUCGGACUCGGACUCGGACUCAGAUGAUGAGAAGGGUGGGUAUUUUCAUGGUGGGAUGAUGAGAUUCUUUCGCAAGGCCUUCUCCGGGUCGAAAACCAUGGAGAAAUACGACGAGAAGCAAAGGAAGGCUAAUUUGGUGGCUGGUGUACAUGAUCCAACUAAUGGAUAUGUAACUGGCCAUACUGAAGGUACUCCUAGCGCCGCUAUGCAAAAACUGAGGACACUGCAGAGAUAUCAGGGCGGACCUAACCAGGAGAGAAUGAGUUAUAUGGAAGCCCAUUCGCCGUUGACCAAGAGAAAGUUGGCCGUCAGCGCCGAGCAGGUCUCGAUAUUCUUGACGGCGGACAACACCGUUGUCUCGUUCUUUGAGCAAUCCGCCGAUGAUAUCGAAGUCCCUAUUCUCAACCGACUGAGUACCCCUGAUACCCUUCUUAGACGAUCAUGCGAUGCCUCAAUGAUAUGCCAGGCAAUUGUUGACGCCAUAAUCGACCUUGCCAUACCAGUCACAACUGCGUAUCAAGAUGUCAUUGGUGAGCUGGAACUUGAUGUUUUGACAGAGCCAAGCAUCAAGCAAUCCAAACUUUUAUACGUUAUCACCAGCGAAAUCACAAUGAUGCGGAACGUUGUCUAUCCCAUCAUCAAUCUGAUUAGUGCUCUCCGAGAUCACAAAAGCGGCUCUGUAGUUUCCGAAGUUGGUGGGAGAGGUGAUAUCAAAUCGAGUCCAGCGGGUGUCAAGAUAAGUCCUAUGGCGCAAACCUACCUCGGGGACGUGGAGGAUCAUAUUAUCCUUAUGACGGAGUCCCUCGAUCAAAUGAGGAGGUCUUGCGACAACAUGAUUGACCUGAUCUUCAAUACCAUCUCGGCCUACCAAAACGAGUCGAUGAAGCAGCUCACAGUCGUGACGAUAAUAUUCUUGCCUCUGACCUUCUUGACAGGGUAUUUCGGAAUGAACAUCGUCGACUUUCCUGCUAUUAACCACAGCGAGAGCUAUUUUUGGAUCAUCGCGCUCCCAGUGGCGUUUGUGACGACUGUGUUCUUGAUGAGAGAUAUCUUGACCUGGUGGUUCAUCAAGGUUGUGCAGAGGAGAGGCAUUUCUCGAAGCAGGAAGACGAGAUUACAUAAAGAAGCGGCUUCGAAGAGGAGCUAA